AUGGACUCACCCUGGAAAGCGGCGCCGCAGUACGGACCAUCUUCAGCCUGCGAAGUAGCCCCACAUAAGCCCUUGGACCCUGAUCAAUUCGCCGCCGAGAGCUCGGAAGUCGUCAGGUUCACCCAGCUCCUGGCUUCUCUGCCCUAUGACCCAGAAACAUGGCUUAACCGCGGCAACUGUCUGCGUCUGCUCGGCUACCCAGAGCUGGCUCUAGGAGACGUCUAUAAAGCCCGUCUUCUAGUCGAGGCUGGCUUGUUGCAAUCGGAUUCGCAUUCGGAUCCGCGCUCAGAACUUGGGAAUGAAGUCCGCAAAGCGUUUCGUAAGAAGACGUAUGAGCUGCAUACCACUGAUCCUGCGUGGGUGAGAUUUGCAGACGCGGUAGCAACGCCAGAGUUGCUGGCGCGCAGAGUCGAGGAGAUGCUGAAGAGGCUGGAGUUGCAGAUCUGGACGGAAUUGAUGGAGGGGCUCAUGGCAGCGAAUUGCUGUGGUGAUUACGUGCGCAUGAGUCGUGAAGCGGUGGAGAAGUUUCCGGAUGAUGCGAUUUUUCCCAGUGAGGUGUCGAAUGCGGAUUCUUGGUUUGCUCAACGGGAGACUAUCUUGAAAGCGAGUAUGGAGAGUGGGGAGAUGAAUGAGGAGCAGAUGAAGGUUACUCUGAACAAUGGAGGCGUCUAUCCAACGCCGUAUCCGUUCAUGGAGGAUGACUUCUUGAUUAGGGAUGAAGUCACAUUUGCAGGUAUCGAAGAGGAUUUUCGGAGAGUAUCGACAAAUUGCAUGGUGGUUCGGAGUACCAUCCGUGACACGGUAGCUGAAGAUGGCGGCGAGGCAACUACGGAAGCUGAUUGCAUCGGUGUGAUUGCGACCCGGGAUAUAACUGCCGGUGAGACCAUAUUGGUAGACACGAUGUCUUCUGGCACUGUUGGUGUAGAUGCCGAUCCAGAUGGUUGCCCGACAUGCUGCGCAUGUCCAGUCAGGAAUUUCUGGAAUACUUGUUGUCCUGUCCUUUACUGCUCGCAAGGCUGCGCAGACAUUGCAAUGGAGACAUUUCAUAAGCCAAUUUGCGGAAAGGAUUUCCAUUAUCUCUACACUGCCGCAAGGAAAGCAACUGCUACUGCAGACUUUUCCAUCGACGCUUUGUUGUUGCUAAGAGUCUUGGCACUUUGUCUUGAAGAAGGGGCAGAUCAUCCAUUAAAGAGUACUCUCUUGGUGAGACUGACGCCAGCAUAUGGAUUCAAGCAGCCCAACCUCAUAAUCUUCAACUUCGAAGACCAUAUCCAGACACCAAUAAAGAUCCUCCAAACACUCGGCGUCAACAUCUUCACCAACCCAUUAUACGAUACCUGGGUCCUCCACACCAUGAAAUGCAGAAUACAAAAUAACAAACACGGGCAAACGCUGGAAGACUGGCCCGGAACGAGUAUCAGCGGAUUAUAUAGCAUGUUGAAUCACUGCUGUAGUCCGAAUGUAGAUUGGAGACAUGAUUUCGGAAGUAGCGAGGUCACCAUGUUCGCAACGCGGGACUGCAAGAAGGGGGAAGAUCUGUGCAUCAGCUAUAUCGGCCCCCAGGGGAAUGCUAUGAGUGUUGUUGAUCGACGGAAGAAGUUGAUGGGCUGGUUCGGCAUGCCAUGUAGGUGUGUUAAGUGUGUUGAGGAUGCAGCUGUUCAGGAGGACUUGGACACUACUCUCACUGCUCAGACCUCGAAUUUAACUUGCUGA